GAAAAACAUUCCUAGCUAGGAGCGAUUUUUUACCAGACGUGACAACUAAAAUUGUUUAAAAGUUUUUGGAAAAAUAUUGAAUAAAAAAGGAAUUGGUUGAUAUUAUCCUUAUUUGAUACUGUUUGAAUAGGUAAAAUCAUUUUUGGUAUACCGCAUUUUUAUAUUUUAGUAUAGAACCUCUACCAGAAGUUUUGUUAAAAAAAUCAAAGCAAACAGUAAAAUACAAAAUGAAAGACGUUAUUGAUGUCAUGGAACUACAAAGGGAAAAGUCCCGCAGACUAGUUACUGUAGACUACAGGCAGUUGGAUUUUAAAGGAGGUUUUACUCCUGCAAGGUUUAUAUUUGAAUGCGGCAUGAAGUUAAAUGGACAACCUCUAACUUUAGCAACUGCAGCAGUUAUAGUUCAUAGAUUUUUCAAAGAAGUUGAUCAUAACAGUUAUGAUUGGUUUCUUAUUGCCGCAUCAUCACUAUACUUAGCAAGUAAAAUAAAAGACGACCCAUUAAAUAUUCGUGAUAUUAUCAAUGUCGCCCACAAUACUCUUCACAGAGGUUCAAGUCCGCUGGAGAUCGGUGACGAAUACUGGAAUAUGAGAGAUGCGAUUGUUCAAGCCGAAUUGUUAAUCAUGCGAGUAUUGAAAUUUGAGGCAAAUACUGUUCACCCUCAUAAGUAUAUGCUGCAUUAUUUGAAAAGCAUGGAAAGUUGGUUGGGUAAAAAUACUCUUGAAUCAGUUCCUAUAGCAAAAUUAUCUUCAGCAUUCUUACAAGAUUUUCACCAUGACCCAGCAGUAUUAGACUAUCAGCCCCAGCAUAUUGCGAUAUCUUGUAUUUCUUUGGCACUGCAGUGCUACGGUGUACAAUUACCUUUAAUAGACGACCUGGAUGAUGAAGCUUGGUAUUCUGUAUUUGUGAAAGAUUUACAGAAGGAUAAACAUUGGGAAAUAAUGGAGAAAAUUAUGGAAGUUUAUAACAGGGAAGAAGGAAAUUAAAUUCAUGGUAUUAAAUGAGACUACAUUUUUUAAUUAAAUUAAUAUGACUUUCUUAGCUUUCUGUAUGAAUAAAGUGAUCUGAGUAGUUCUGUGCUUA